GACAUCUACAUAGCUGCUGACUGGCCAAUGAUUCAAAAUCAUUUGAAAGUAACAAACAGAAGUACAAGAACUGGUCAGUUGCAGUAUACCUGAGAUAGUACUGGACAAGCUGUGGAUCAAGAUCAGACUACAAAGAAUGGUACUAAGAGAAGUGGUGGAAAAGUUCGGGCUCCCAGAAGAUCUAAUUGUGCAUGUUUACGAUGACAGUGGAACAGAAAUCGACGAGGAAGUGUUUGGCGAAACAGUCAAGUUAAAGCCAGAAAUGUGUUACAUUGUGAAAGACAUCGGUGCUGAGUUUCCUUUGGCACACUCAUCCCCCAGCUCCUGCACUGACACACUUUCAGUAUCUUCAGCAAGCGAACAGGACACAGGCCCACCAGCAAAGAGGACGCAACUUUCACCUGAUAGAGCCACAGAUGCUAAAGAGCUUGUUAAAAACAUUCUAAUGAAGAAACCUGGCGGAGAAAAAAUAAUGCAGGAAUACUGGGAAAAAAGAACGCUCAGUGACUGCACAAGGAGACAGCUCAUCAACAUGUUGGUUGCAUACAUGACAGAAGACCAGGGACGAAUUCCAGCAAAAGAAAUGAGAGAAAAAUAUGCUUUAGGGAUUGUUACUCUUUUUCCUUCUCUUAAGGAUCCCUUUUCUAUAAAAGGAUAUGAACAUUUUUAUGAUACAGAGAGUGGUACUGGUUACCUUGCUUGGCGCCUAAAAACGGUGCAGCGCAAGACUUUGUUUCAAAGCAAGGAAGUAAAACAAAAUAAAAAUGGAAGUCCAAGUUCAGUGCGAGAAAUUCUUCAUCCAGAAGAACAGCUAACUGGAGACAGUUGCAGAGAAGCAAUAUCUUUCCUGACUCACUGUUCAGAUAAAGUACUCAUUUAUGAGAAAAUGAGAAAAACAUUUCAAUACCGCCAGCAACUGGUGCAUAACUCAGAGAAAAUGACAUCUGUACUUUCCGUCUUUCCGAGAUUUUUGGAUACAAAAGGCUUGGUAAAUCAAGAUUUCAGUCUUUUAUUUGGCUCUGACACAUCUUCCAAAUUGCUUGAGAAGUGGGAUACCUGCUUUAAGUUUAAGAUUAUUAAAGAAGCAAGAUCUGACAGGUCAGAUGGCUGA